CCUGUUACUGCGAGUUUCAAUUGUGAUUUCAUAAGUGAUUUCUAACAUUUUUAGUGCGUUGUUGUUCAUUUUGUGAAAAUGUUUGUGGAAUUACAAAGUGAUAAACAAAAUAUUUUCCUUAUUGGACUGCCAAGCCACCAGAUAAAUAGUGCAAAAUUACCAUCUAAUCGACAAGUUCUCAACGUUUUAUUUUACAAUAUUCGUGAAGUCAAGCUGACUGUUAGUGAAAGUGCGAAUCUUGUUAUAAGAGAGUGCAUUAUAUUUUGGGAAAAAGCCAGAAUUCCUACGAAGGCAAUCCCUAACUGCGUGAAGAAACUUAUUCAUUUAUAUCAUGUUUGGAAGAGCUGCAAAAAAACUGUAAGAAAACUCAGUUGACUUUCAAGAAUCGUGAAAACAAUUUUGUAAAAGACCUUGAUAACUUACUUGGUAUUGCACAUGCAGAUACCUUUGACAGAAUGAAGAUAGAGGAAGACAAAGAUUUCUUAAGGAAACAGAGAGAGCCAGGUCGACCGGAAUGCUUAGGUGGAAUCGACAAAAAAUUGGCGGAGAAAGAAGAACGAGCUAGGCAGAGACGAUUGGAAGAAGAGGAAAGAAAGGUAAAACAAAGAAAGUUAUUGGCUGUUGCAUCUACUUCUUCGAUAGAUAACUUGGAAUGUCUUGAGAAUUCGGAUGAGGAACAGAUUUCGAACUCUGAACUUAGUACUCAGAUUCCUUGCCCUGAAAAUAGUUGUAAGGAGGGACGAAAAGUUUAAUAACUCCUAAACUGAUAGCAGCUUUAGAUCGAUGGCAAUUAAGCAUAAGGAACUCAGUUUACAUUCUCCAUGCGGUUGUAGAAGCGCUUGGUCUGAACAGCGAUGAUUUCCCUAUAAACAAAUCCUCGAUUCAGCGAAUUCGUACUCAAGCGAGAAAAUCCAGGGCAGAAGCAACAAAAACUGACUUCCAGAAUAAUUUUCCUGACGUAGUCACAGUUCAUUGGAUUGGAUGUACGAAGUUCAAAAGAAGAACGCUUGCCAAUUAUUGCUUCAUUUGACGAUAGAGAACAGCUUCUUGCAGUACCGAAAUUAGAGAGUUCUUCUGGAAAACAUCAAGCUAAAGCCAUUUCAACUGCUCUCUUUGACUGGACCCUCCAUGACAAAGUACAGAUAAUGUGCUGCGAUACAACAGCUUCCAAUACUGGCCGUUUCAGUGGAGCUUGUGCUAUUUUGGAGCAGACUUUAGAAAGGGAAUUGCUGCUUUUUGCUUGUCGUCAUCAUGUUUAUGAGUUGGUCCUUAAAGCUGUUUUUGAAACCAAGGUAAAACAUAUUACAAGUAGCCUAGAUAUUCCAAUUUUCAAAAAGUUAAGAGAUAAUUGGAAAAAUAUAAUAUAAUAUAACAUUGAGUCAUCUCUAAAUUUCGUUAAAGCUAAGACAAACAUUACAUCUUUGUUAAGUUUUUAUUAGACUGAACUGGAAAAAUCUUUUGUUAGAGACGAUUACCGCGAAUUGGUUGAACUAUGCGUUGUGUUCUUAGGAGGAGACACAGAGAAUAAACUAAAACUCAGGCCCCCCGGAGCUUUGCAUCAAGCGCAAUGGAUGGCGAGAGCAAUCUAUUCUAUAAAAAUAUGUUUGCUUCAAUCGCAACUUAAAAUUACUGCAAAGUACAAAAAUGCUCUGCAAGAUGUUUGUUUAUUCAUCGUCACCUGGUAUACCAAACUUUGGCUCGAAUGUACAAUGGCAGUUAAGGCACCUAACCAAGACUUGUCCUUUUUGAAAGCUCUAAAAGAAGAUGAAAAAGUAUACGCGACAAGUUCCAAGGCAUCCAUAAGCAAGUUUAUUCAUCAUUUAUGGUAUUUGUGUGAAGAAACAGUCAUAUUAUCACUCUUUGAUGAAGAAGUUGAUACCAAAACCAAGACAAAAAUGAUUAAUAAUUUAAUCAGAGACGAAAGUUCAGAUUCCUCUAAACGCUAUGUCCCAUCGAAGGAAGAAAUUACGCAAAAUUUGCUUGAUAUGACGCUGGAUGAUUUUGUGACUCAAAGAAGCAAACGAUUUCUAUCUCGACUGCAGAUCGACGACAGUUUUCUUCGGGAAGAUGUAUCUUCGUGGGAUGACAAUCUACUGAAGAGAAGUUACCCUAAUUCAUUAUUAUUAUAA